AACAACACCGAAGUGCCCAGCAGGAGCACCCAGACCUUACCGCUGUGCCUUCCAGCAUCGCCUCCUUUGGACUGAAGGAGAGAACGAUUUGCGCCUUUUCAUGGAGGAGGUCCAAGAUCGGCAAGAGUAGCUAAUCCCGAGAGAGCUCCUGUUUGGUUUGGUGGUGCAACUCUGCGAUCUCUCCUCCAAGUCGCCCAGCUCCACUCCUCCUAACUUACGGGCAAGGACGCUGCCAAAAAGUCAGGAAACACGUCGGAUUUCGAAAUCUGCGAAAUUUGAAGAUUCGCUCGGGCUGCAAGAACGGACAGACAGAACAAGAAUAGCAACUGAACAACAAGGAAAAUGUUUAAAAAGAGUAAAAGUCAAAUACUUGUGGAUUACGCGUCAGAGGAAGACGACAUGGCUUGGCAUCACCUCCAUUCGUACAAGGACAAAGAGGACAAAGAUCAAGAGGGAGUAGAGGAAACACUGAGCCCCCCUACAAAGGAAUCUAAGGUGAAGAAGAUCAAGUCCAAGAAGGAGAAGAAAGACAAGAAGUUAGACGAUGAGCAUUUUCUUCUGACUGGAGCCACACUCUCAGACAAAAAAGGAAAGAACAAGGAGGAGGAGAGGAGCGCCAAGCCUCUGGACCGGGAGAAGGACAAAGGAUUCUGGGACAGCAUCACCAUGACGAUGCGGCAGAUCACCCCCACCCGCAAGAUGGACAAGAUGGAGGGCUGGGAGCCGCCACAGCUGCCUGGCGAGCCAGGAGACGAGAACGAGCCGCAGAAGGCCGAGGCGAAGAAAGACACUUCACCCACCACCGCCACUACUGCCCCUGUUGCCCCUGCCAUCUCUGCCCUCCCUGCCCUCUCCCUGUCCCCCCCUCCUCUCUCCUCGCCCCUCUCCUCUCCUCUGUCUCUCUCGCUGCCCUCCUGGAGGGCUGGCGUGACUCUGGAGGACUGGCGCUAUGCCAGCCUGGCAGACUGCACGGCCACCGCCGCCCCCGCAGGUGGCCAGCGCAAGGGCUCCGGGGCAGGCCUGGCAAAGGGCAGCGCCGUCCAGUGGGCAGCGCGCGCCAGGGGCAAGCUGGCGGGCAUCAGGAGGAGGAGUCACGGAAAUGUGUCGGAGAACAUGUGGGAGGGGCUUAAGUGAAUGGACAGGGUGGGACAACACCACCCCCCCCACACACACACACACACACACUCACUCUCUCUCACACACUCACACACACACACAAAUCAUGUACACACACACACAAAUCAUGUACACACACACACACACACACACACACACACACACAGUACUCUGCUUGUACUGUAGCGGGAUACAUGUGUGUCUGAACUUGAAGUUGAAAAGGUUUGCUCUGGCUAAGCACCUAUCACAGAGUCUUACAUGGCAAGCUCCAGUUCUUGGUUGGGGGCCCCUUUUGCAAUGGAGCUUUUGGCCAAACCUAUUCCCGAUGCCUUGGUGGUGGCGGUGGGGAGAAGUGCCUUAGCUGCAGCCGACUCACCAGGGGGGUCUGAAGCGACUACAGAGAUGUCGGGUGGGACACUUUGGAAAAGGGGCCUCUUAAGAUCAGGACACAAGUGUUGCUGGGACUGGCAGUUGAGACUGGGCGAGUGAAUAAGUGUGUGUGUGUGAAUAGGGGGUUGGGACGUAGUAUUAAACACUGAAGUAAUCUUUACAUAGUUUUGUGUUAUUGUCUCAUGUCAAAACUGACACACGGGAGCUGAAGUAAAACUCUGUGUGUACACUGGACUGACUUUAAAGGCCAGCUAUGGGGAAGAAGAUGGGACAAUCAAAACGAUAAACAACCAAACCAAACAUACAGACAGUCCCCCAAUGGCCUAUAAAAUGACUAUCCGAAAGAGAGGUCUUUUGUUGACAAAUAUCCACACAGAUUAGAAUGAAUGUGAGAAUAUUAGAUAAGCUGAUUUAGUGUUUAUUAUUCAAAAUGUUCAUUUAAGCUAUAUUUGCAGAACAUUGUCAUGACAUGAGAUGUAGUUUGUUUAGCUCAGUCUGGCUGUGCAUUCUCCUGUUCUAGUUUUUGCGGACUUCAUCAGUUGAUGGCGGUUUCAUCAAGCUUGUGACAGUAUUUUCAACUGUUCACUCAUCAUGUAGGCCUUAAUGCAGCGUUUGGGCAAUUGGCCUUAGGAUGAGCGGUUGUGUUGUCCAUGUCCUUCAGCAAUUUUGAUUAUCCUCACUGUUUUAUUACAAUCAUGAAAUGUAAAUGUAUGAUGAUGUGUGUACUGUUUGAGAGAGCUAUUUUAUAAAACUUCAAAUGUAUAAUGGAGAGCGAAUAAAUGAACAACUUCAGCACCUUGCUGGUGACCUGUAAUACAAAAUGAGUGCAAGACAACUGUCAGUACUUCAUUUUUUCUACGUCUGAGAAAGUUUCAAACUCUGACCUUCAUUCUCAGCAUAUUUUUCAAACAGUUACACUGUUUCUCAUUUGGUCUACUUUCUAUUUUUUUGUGUUCAUUUCUCUUCUUGGCACUGGUUUUGUUAAGGGCAGAGGCAGAUCCUGGUCUUAAAUCAGGGGUUGUUUUGAGACAGAUUGUCAAAUAAAGUCCAAUUCUUUA